GCAUCUGAAGAAGUCAUCGACCAUCACUGUUGAUUUCAGUCGAGCGCCAAGAGCCCUGUCGAAAUGAAGUACUUUCCAGCCGUCUUCGUCCUCAUUGUCUCCGUGAGGAGUGCUCCGAGCAAAGAGAAGACAUCUCUACCUCAAACCGUCUACGACCAGAAGCAAACCGGAGACUACAAUAUCCAACUGCAUCUGAAAGACUUCCAAGUCAUCGCUCUACUAGGAGACGAAGCUUUUGGUGAUUACGACUAUAAUUACGAUUAUUCCGACUUUACCAUCAAACCACCGACAAAUAUCACCCUAAAACCACCACCACUACCUGAAAACGCCACCACAGCAAAACCCCAAAAACCUGAAAUUUCAUCAUCAAGUUCAGAAAAACCGAAUGAAAAACCAUCAGAAUCAAGUACCGCAAAAUCAGAACCAGAGAAAAAUAGCACUGACUCAAUCCCAGUCAACACAAGCUCUCCGGACAAAAUUAAGGUACAAAUAAUAAAUGAAUCAAACCCAAUAGUACCAAUUGACGAUAUGGGUACCGGGACUGCACCGACUCUCGGAGAAGUUUUACAUUAUCGUAAAUGCGCCAGUGGGUAUGCGAGAGAUAAGAGAGGAAGAUGUAGAAGAGUCAGGAAGCCAGGAAACCGUCAUCAAUUAGAUCUCGGUAGGCUCGCUACUAAUUUAGCGGCAAGGUUUCGAGCGGCGUCAGAAGAAGAUUCCGUAAGCCAUUCAAGGGAGGCAUGAUUUGGGGUGCUGUACAAAUUUUUAAGAAUUGCUCAAUUCUGAUUUAAAUUUAGAAUUUUUGAUUCCUGAUUGUCAUAGUGUUUAGAAAUAAAGUAUUUUUAUUAUAACAAUAAAAUUUAUUGAUACUUA